AUGAUUGCUGUUGACAUGGAACCUUUGCGAAAAGGAGAACAUGAAGGAUUUCGGGAUUUUGUAAAUGCUCUCGAUAGUAGAUAUGAAAUUCCUGAUACAACAAUAUUGAAAAAGAAAUUACUGCCGGAAUAUUAUGAAAACGUGAAACAGAAGCUCGUCAUAGCAUUAUCGAAAGCAGAACAUGUUAGUGUGACUACUGACUUAUGGACAUCAAUUGCAAAUGAAGGCAUCCUUUCAGUUACUUGUCAUUUCUUUCACAACGAAAAAUUAAUUGCACCAUUAUUGGAAGUUGUGAAGAUGGAAGGAAGUCAUAACGCAGAAAAUAUAGCCAGUAUGUUGGAUGCUACUCUCUCAAAAUGGGAUAUCAGGUCAAAAUGUGAAGCAAUAACGACUGAUAACGCUCAAACAAUGAUUAACACCGCAGCCAAACUGCAUAUACGACAUAUACCCUGCUUUGCGCACACACUAAACCUGACGGAAGUACCCACCCGCUGGAACAGUGCAUACCACAUGCUGCAAAGAAUUGUUACAAUGAAGACAGAAUUAACUCUCGCACUUAAUGAAUGUAAUCGGGCUCCACCAGGAGUCAAUGCUGACGAAUACCUAAUUAUUCAAGAAACAAUUCAAAUUCUGGAACCUUUCGAUCUAGCUACAACAAAAAUUUCCGGAGAAAGCUAUAUAACAUUGUCACUGAUAAUACCAUUGAUUCGUGGAAUAAAAACGAAAUUAGUAGAAGUUGAAUCUCAAAUUGUUACUGAAAGCGGAAACAAAAUAUUACUCUGCAUGAAGGGAUCAGUUGACAAAAGACUAAGUCCCUAUGAAAGCAGGACACCUGUUGUACUUGCUACAAUAUUGGACCCCAGAUUUAAGAAGAAGGGGUUCAAAACAAGUGACGACGAGAAGCGAGCUGGUCAGUGGCUGGAAAAGGCCUAUGCUAGCCAUUUAACUAAAGAACGCUUGGCUGUAGAAGAAACGCAACCAACACCAUCCACGUCUUCAGGAACAUCUAAUGACCUGUUGGGAUUUCUAGACGUUCCGGACGUAUCGACCCCGUUGAGUAACUCAUUGGUAGAUGUCAGGCAAUAUCUCGAGAAGCCAGUAAUUGACAGAAAAGAGUGUCCUAUAACAUACUGGAAAUACACCAACAAUAAAUUGAAGGAAUUAGCGAUGCUCUAUCUCUGUAUUCCAGCAUCUUCUGUGCCUUCAGAACGAAUAUUUUCGAAGGCCGGACAAAUUUUAACCGAACGCAGAAAUAGGUUAAAAGAAAAAAGAUUAAAUGAAUUGUUGUUUAUAAAACAAAAUAGCUGUUAUUUUAAUGAUUGA